UGAUACAAACCAACAGUAAAGCUGGGAGCAAGCAGAACUGAUCAUCAGUUUGAUCUCACGUAACCUCUGACAAAUCUCUACUGGUCAUGUGUUUUCCCAAAUAUCUACAGGUAGGCUACCUUUAGGUUGUAUACACAUAACGUAUGAUGCACAUAGUGCCCUUCCAUACAAAUAUUUAUGGGGCGUGGACAGAGACAAUCAACAGCAUUACCUGAGACAACAGAAGUUUCUCUCCAGAAGGGAACAAGGGUGGAACAAAGGGUUGUGGGACACUUAAUAAGAUUUGAUCACAAGACAGCGCAGCACACCUGUUCAGGUCAGCCUCACUGUUGCUGCAGUUGGUUGUGCACCCUGAGAACAACAGCUCGCUUCUGCCCUUCGUCUUCUGCGUCUGCAAGAACACGCUUUAGCACUUCUUACUUUUCACCAAUGCGUCUUUACCACUGCACACAGGUUAUACAAAAAAUGGAUCUUCAAAAUGCAGGAGGGAGGCAUUGCUGCUGGAUGAUCCCACCAUGCCAGGUGAAAGAGAAUCAACAACAACAGGAGGGCGGUGACCUCAUCAGUCCCAGGAAGCUGCCAAAUCCUGUCCGGGCUUCUUACCAACAUAGAGCGCUUCACCGAGAACUGCUAUUCUGCCACAGACGAGGUCUGUUGCCCAGAAGAAAGCCGGAGCUGCAGUGUGUACUGGAGCACAAACAGAGAGAGCAGGACAAGCAGAGGGAGCUGGCCCUCUGCCCCCCCUCUGACUUGGAGGUGAAGCUCCACACAAGGCAGCAGAAAAUACAAGUCCACGAGCUGGAAGAGAAGAAGAGGAGCGAGAGUCUGCAGAACGUUCCAGAGUUUUUACGCGUGAGAGGAACCCUGAAACGGAUCCAGACUCUUUCCUUAUGACAACCAGGAGAAAACAAAACAAAAAAACAAACAAACAAAAAACACUGUUGCUACUGUCAGAUUCAAGGAGAGUCGUCCUUAACUCGGUGUUGCAUAAAUUUCAAAUCAGAAGAAUCAAAACUGAUUUGAGAGUAUGUGAAUUCAUAUAGCUGAACUUGUGUUCAGCAAAGGCUUUUUGGCCUUUGUGUAAAGGCCAAAAAGAGAAUCACUCCUUAAAGGUCCUGUGUGCAGGAUUUAGGUUCAGAAAUGGAAUACAGGCAGAAACUGAUUAUUCAGAAAUGUUUUCAUUAGUGUAUUAUCACUCAAAGCUAAUCAUCAUUAUGUUUUCGUUACCUGAGAAUGAACCCUAUAUGUCCACAGAGGGAGCCAAUCCUCUUCUAUAGAAUCCACUAUGUUUCUACAGUGGCCCAGAAUGGACAAACCAAACAAUGGCUCUAGAGAUGGCCUUUUGCGGUUUCUCUGUGUGGCCACAGACUCUCCUACGAGUUUGAAAGAAAAGGCUGAGCGGAAGUGUAAUCAAAUUGCUUGC